GAAAUAAUUUAUGAUAAAUUAUUGGAGCACCUUUCAACUCUCCAUAAAAAGAGAUCCGAAGACAUGGGUUUACAACUCCCAGAAAUAUCACGUAAAUACUUGCAAGGGAAAAUCCAGAAAGCCGUAAAAAUCUAUAAUAUAUUUGAAAACUUAG